AUUGCGAGUGCGAGAAUCGCGAGGAGAGCGAAGAAAAUCCCAUAAACUCGUUGUUGCUCGAACAAGCCGGACGCCAUUUGCGAAAUUCCAUUUUUUGUUUAAUUUCAAAUAGUAUUAAGUUUGUGAUAUUAAAUGAAGACUGUGCUAAUUAAGGUAAGUGGAUUUACCUUUAUUGUCGCCACCUUUUUGUGCCAUUUGCCAUCGUGGAAAAGUGCUGUGGGGGCGAUAAAAGUGAAUUGAAAAAAAAAGUAGAAUUUUCACAAAGCCGCUGGGGGCCCUCAGGUAUGUUAAAAACCCAAUUUUAUAGCUAAUUUGUGCGGGGGUGGGGUGUGGGUGGGUUUUUCCGGUAUUUUCCAGAUGUUUUCCACUGGGGGUAUUACGUAAUUAUCACGAAAAUCGUGGAAAUUCUCGAUGGCGUCGCGUCCGCCAUCUUGAAUAUGCUUUGUUCGGCAAGCAAAGUUCUCGCUCGAUAUUUGGAAAAUCAGCCAAGAGAAAAUUUGUCGGUGUAUGUGUGAGACAUUCUCAUUUUUAUGUUGGCUGUAUGCGUGGCAUCGGCGCAUAGCGUCAUUCCACGAAUCACAGGGUGUCCCAUCGGGGAAAAUCCAACCAAAGCUUACAACAGGGUGCCCCCGCACAUUUUCCAUCGCGAUGUCCCCUCACAGCACAAAAUUUCCACGAGAAACGGAGAGAGAGAGAGAGAGUGAUAAGGAGGGAGAUAAUUGCGAUAGAUAACCUGUUAUCAGACGCGGAGCUUUUCUCUUCAUCUCACAGCCACAGGCUCCCCUUAUCGCUGAAAAACCGUUGUUUAUUAUUAGCUCAGUCACACGAGAAAAUUUAUCGUUUGAGAAAUAAUAAAUAAAAAAUAAUAUGUAGCAUAUCUCAUGGUCUAGUCGCGAAGAGAAGAACCUCAUUAGUUUCCAACAACUUUGCGUUCUGAGAAAAAUUCUUUCAACGCGAACGAGAGAUUUCCGUUUCCAUUGAGGUUGGUUUUGCUGGCGCAUUUUUUCCCCACGCAAAAGGUUUUCAUGGAGUCGUUUUAUAUUUCAUUGAAGCACGAAAAUAUUAUUCUCGUGCCUGUUCAUGUUGGAUGGUAAUCAAGUCCGGGGCUCCCUAUGGUGGUGGUGCGUCUGCGAGAAUGUAAUUGAAGCCCUAACUUCCUCCCCUUGUCGCAAUAUAUGUAUGCUUUUCCAUCCUGCCGAGUACCCAACUGCGCAAAGGGGAAGCCGGGAAGCAGAAGGGAAGCCAAAAACGUACAAAGAGGAGAGAAAUGAUGCCAUAUGGACACCGGGAGAAGGGCCCUCACGUACAAAAAGGAGACCAUAUAGGGGAAGAAGAAAAAUGAAUGAUAUUUUGUUGCCUGCGAGGGACUCCAAUGGUUGCAUUUUCCCCCAUUUUUAACAGGCAUUGACGACGCGGCAGCAUAUACCUCCCCUAGUUGGGAAAAAAGCCCUCUAUUGUUGAUGUGUAAUUUGAACAUCUGCCGGGGUACCGGGUGCAGAACUUAAAACCGACUCCGCACGUCCGUUUUCCCAACAGCCACACACACGUGAGGUUUCCUCCAUCAUCAGUUGUGUGCCAACUUCCCCCUGCCUGGAUACCCUAACAAUGGGCCCUUUUUACCACGUCCGUCUGUCUGCACAUUUGCCCUAUUGAAAAUGAUAUUUUUCUUUGUUUCCUCUUAGAAAAAAAGCUUAUGUUUAGAAUUUCAGGGAAAAUGAAGCUUUUAACAUAAAGUUUUGCGUAUUAAUUGGUAACUUAAAGACCAUGAGAUUUUGCUACAAAGUUCUAAGAAAUAAAAAAAAAGAAUAAUUAUUUGAUUUAUAAUGAUUUCCCUUUUAAAAUAAAUUGAUUUUCCUAAUUUUUUUGUUAUUCGAAAGAAAAUAUGUUACAAAAUGCGAAAUGAACAAAAUAAUGAUUGAAAAUUCUUUUUAUAAAUGUUGGGUCCUAUUCAGUGAUCAAGAAAUCUUUGAAAUUUGUACUAAUUUUUUUUAGUAUUCAACGUUAUUUUUGCAUUUUAUGACAAAGUUUGUUAUGUUUUUUUUUUAAACUUUUGAUAAAGAAUGAAUACAACUAUCAAAACGUCUUCUUUAAUUGUACGUUAUGAACUAACUCCCACACCAUUUAAGGAUUUUUAGGCCUAAAACUUACGUCAUGAAUCCUAUGUGGGAAUAAUGCCCUAAAUAACAUUCUAAGAUGCCUAAGUCUUAGGUCUGUAUAUGUUAUAUUUUCCUACGAUAAAAUUCUUUGAACAAAUACAAUAUUUACUGUUGAAAUCAACAAAUUAUAUCCCUGAGGAUGAUUUUAUUAUGAAAUUUUGUGAAAUGUAAACAUAAACUGACCUUUUUAUUUAUUUUUAAUCUUAUCAUUAUUUAAUUCAAUGCAUUUAAAAGUCUCAAGCUUCUUAUGUCUUGUAAAGUCUUUUCUGACGAGCAAAACUGAAGUUUAAAUGAAUUUUUUUAAAAUAAGAGUUCAGUUUAUGAUAAAUGCGGUGAAAAAUAUCAUAGGGGUGAACUUGUUCACGUCCUAAUUAAAGAAUUUCCUAUUCAAAGAAUUUAUUUUCAAUAAGAAAACUCUUAAAUACUUAAAGUUCAACCGAAAGUUUUAAGUUUAAAAAGUUUAACGCUAAAAGUUUAAUAAAGCCUGCUGACGUGGACGUGUUGCUAAAGCAAUCCGUAAGAGUAUGCCAACUUGAAAGCUUCCAAUAUAUAGUUCAAAAUAUAAUUUUCUCGCAAUAAAGUUGCAGCAGCAGCAGCGGGUAUGCGUGCCAGGGAGAUGUUUAAUUUGUGCAUCCAUUUGGAGAGUACCCAUUUGGAGUUUUAAAAGUCUGGCUAUGAGAAUUUCAAUGGAUGGUGGUAUUAUAUUGAAAAAGAAAAAAAAGAAGAGAAGAAAAAUAUGCACACGCACUCCGUGAAACUUCACAAGAGCGCUUGGCUGGGUUGAUGUUGAAAAGUGGAAUUUUUCCUCUUCUGCUCGUUUUUCCCUUCUCACAUCUCCCCCAAAGUUGCGCGUCUUUUCCGUCUCUCUUUUCCAUCCAUAUAUAUAUAUCCAAACAACAUCCCAAGGCAAAGUCGAGACAUUCUGAAAUGUAUGUACAUAUAGUAGGUACGUUCUUCUCCUUUUUUAUGUAUAAUUCACCAUGAGAGAUGAGACCGGUAUGCAAUGGUGGUUGUGUGUGCGAAAGAAAGAUGAAAAAUUGAUCUUAUGUCGAGGUAUAACACACCGGGAAUUGUAAGAGCCCACAGAGUGGUCUUCUCCUGAAGCUUCCAACGAAUCUGUGAGGUGUAGAGAGAUACAAAGGGGGGUACACACUGACCAUACUCUCUUUUCUCCCUGAGAUGUUCAACGGGCUGGGGAAAAAAAGGUUCGAGAAACAUAAAAAAAAAGUAAAGAAGAUAAAAAAAUAAGUCAUCCAUAAAUUUUGAUGAGAAGGGGAUGGUAAGAAAAACAGGCAAUAAUAGGGACUUUUAUGGUAGGGGCAUACCUACAUAUAUAUUUUGGAGGUUGGAAAGCCAAAAAGUUUAAGGUAUGAUGGAAGAAAAGAAGAAAAAAGAACACAGACCAACAGGCUUCCACAAAGUUGCUUCGUUGUUGCCUGUAUUAGGAGGAUUUUGAAGAAGAAAAGCAGGCAAAUAAAGAAAAAACUGGGGACUUUUAUGGGUAGAAAAAGAAAUAUUUUAAAAAGAAGUUGAAAAGUUAAAAGGGAUAUGAUGGAGGGUGUCUUAGGGAUCCAAGGUUGGGUUUUGGGUUCUCUUUUUUUUUUCAAGGUUUGUAAAAUUCUAAAGAAAAUGUUUAUACCGAUUAGGGAUUUCUAAGAAGAAAAAUUUGUUACCAACACUUUUAUGUUGUUGGAACAUUGCGGGGGGUGUGAGAAAUGGAGAAUUUGUUAGCAUAGAAAGAGAGAAGAACGCCGCUCUUGGGCAAGUUUCCUCGAUCCACAACAGAAAGUUCUUCAUGAAGAGAGUUUGUUCGUUCGCGUCAGAAAGUUUCAAUGAUGCUUUGCGCACUUGAAGUGAUUUUCAGUGAGACAACACAAAGCGUAUUUGGAGAUGUUGGAGCGAGAGGAGAAGAUGUGAAUUUGUGGAAUUGUACAAAUGAAUGGAAGAAUUUUAUUUGGGUCUCUCCUCCUCAUGAUGGUUGGAUGCUUCAUUGGGGAACAGAGAUGGUAUUAAUGUGCCGUGAAUGAGGGUGAAUGAAAUGGGAUGUGUGUAUAACAUCAUCAAAAAGAGGGGUCCCCUAGGUAUAGUACUAUAUGUAUGUAUACCUCAAUAUCUAUCCAUCUCACUCUCAGCCGACCAACUAUGUGGGUUUUCAAAUGGGAGCUUCACUGUGUGUGGUACCAGGCAACAUCGGGCACAAGUGGGAAUUUUCCCUCGGCCCCUUUUUUCCCAGUACACUCACAUACACAUCUAACUUCUGGCUUGGCUCAUGAAGAGUUCUGGUGCUGCUGAAGCACAGGAGGGGGCGCACACGAUGGCUUGGUUUGGUUCAGAACCAAAACUCUGCUGUUGGGAGAACUUGCCCACCAUAUUGGAUAUUCUCUUUUUUUUUUAAAUUUUCUUUUUUUUUCUUUUCCUUCACCAACGCAUUUUCAUGGAUUUGUGUGCUUUCAGACAGACCAUGAAGACUUGGUGGCUUUUUUGUAUACCUAUGUAUGUAUCAGCGGGUUGAGAGAAUUUUGGUACAAUUUUGUACGUAUAUUUUCACGAAACAAUUGAGAAUCGGGGCACCAAAGAGAGGUGUGUUGUAUAGAGGUUUUCUCUCCCAUGUUUAGCUUUUGCGUGCAAUGGGCCCCCUUGUAUUUGCAAGUAUGUAUGUGUGUAUGUAUGCUGUAGGUGUGUUUGUGUGCCGCAAACGGGUAUGGGGUUUUAUGUGUUUGUAUGCGAAAACGGGUGGAUUGAAAAUUUUUCCUUGCACGAUCCUCAAAGUUGUGUGACGCGUUGAGGUGAAAGGACGAAAAAUUUUCAUUGCUGUGGCGCAGUAUUAUAUUUACAUACAUAUAUACAUAUAUAGAGAAAAGGGAGAACAAAAGAAAGGAGUUUGUUUCAUAGAUGAUGAAAUAGUGACCUUAGUUGUAUCGUGGAACAAAGAGUGAUUGCCCUAAAUGACAAAAGGAUAUUUUUUCAUUAAUUCAAGCGAAGGAAGUUUUCGGAAAAACUAAAAAUGGACGAUGAUCAACAGUUCUGUCUACGAUGGAACAAUCACCAGAGCACACUCAUAAGUGUGUUCGACACACUUUUGGAAAAUGGAACGCUAGUUGAUUGUACAUUGGCGGCGGAAGGGAAAUUUUUGAAAGCACACAAAGUUGUUCUCUCCGCGUGCAGUCCGUAUUUUGCGGCACUACUCUCUCAACAAUAUGACAAACACCCAAUCUUUAUUCUCAAAGAUGUGAAAUUUCAAGAAUUGCGCGCCAUGAUGGACUACAUGUAUCGUGGCGAAGUGAAUAUAUCACAAGAUCAAUUGGCUGCAUUGCUCAAGGCAGCUGAAUCCCUGCAAAUUAAGGGGCUGUCCGAUAGCCGAGGUAGCAGCGGAAGUGGUGGAUCGUCUCAGAAAGCUGAUACAUCAACAAAAACACACGCAAGUGUACCUGCAGCAAAGCAGACAAGUACUGGACUCACAAUAGAGCAGAAGAGGCCGCGUAUUGAGAAGCAGCAUCCCGCCACAUUGGACACAGAGCCAGAUGUGUCAGAUUCUCGAGAGGGGUCAACAAGUCCCAAUUCACGAAAGCGAAAGAAAUUUCGCCGGAGGAGCAUAGAAACAAACAAUAUUGGCGAUAAUCAUGACCAGCACUCAAAUUCCUCGUCACAUUCAAUGCCUCAUGCUGCUUUGUCCACCCAUACAACAUCAAUGCCAACUAUUACCUCAGCUACCUCUUCCGCAAGCGUAUUGAAUGUUACCAAAAAGACUGACCACCAAUCGCACGAAAGCAAGGGUGACAUUGAGAGGGAUGUGGAUGAUAGUGGUGAUGCCAGGGCGGAUGGUGGUGAGACCCAUCCAUUGCAAGUGUCACGAAGUAAACAGAGUGCUGCACAUGGUGGUGAAACGGAGUCAACGGCAAAAGAUAAAAUGGAACAUUCAACGCACCCGGACAUGCUGCUCGAACCAAAAAAUGAAUAUGACGAAAGCAACGAUGGCAAUGUUGAGGAUCUGACACUUGACGAUGAGGAAUUGCUCGAGGAUUUGGAACAAGCUGGACCCAGUCAUGGUGGCGGUGAAGGCUCUAGUCAAGGAUACGCUCAAUGGCAAAUUGAAAGAUCUCAAGAUGAAGUGUUUAUGGCCGGACAGGAAGCAGCUGGACAACAUCGGGAUGCACAAGAUGUGAAACGUGAAAUUACAUUUGGGGAUGUUCUCAGUGGAUGCCUCCUGGAAAAUGAGAAUAUUGUGGUGACACAGAAAAAUGAUAAAUUUGUUCUGCUGGAAAUCAAUACGCCAUCAACGGAAAAACGGAAAGAGACAGCUGAGGGGGAGACUAAAAGGGCAGUUAUUACGGAUAUCAGUGAUGCAAAGAGAGCUUUGCAGGAGCAAUCGCAGAAGGCGUCAAAGCCCACAGCUGUCACCACAUCUGUUGUCACAUCAGCUGCUGCUGCUGUUGUACCACCGAAAGUGGCAACGAAGAAUCAUCCACGGAUAAAGUACUCAAUGAAGCAGCCAGUCCCAGUGUCAAUGCACAAGCCAAUUAACAAAUUUGAACUUCUCAAUUUUUCCCUUUCGCGGAAGUAUGGGAAGCAAUUUGGGGAGGCAGCUGGGGCGCUAUUGGGUGGGGCUGCCACCGUGGGGGGUGUCAGUGUGGGAGGAGGAGGGAGUGCCGCGAGUGCAGCACCCAACACCACAACAGCAAGUGGUGGUGCAUCGACACUUAGUGUGAUCGAGACUGAAAUUGCCAAAGUACCCGCCUCAAUUAUAAUUGCACCAAAUUCCAAUAAGUCAUCCAAUAUAAAUGAAGAUCUCCAAUCAAGUAUCAUGGGUGAUUUGUCAAAUUACGAAAUUGACGACAUUGAAUUGCCCGAUGGUACACAAAUUGGCUUCUCGGACUCCACCACCGACAGCAUAGAGCGCGAUCAGACGCGUGCCGAUUCGAAUUACGAAAGUCGUUCGGCAGAUGACACCAAAUUUGCAUUCAUUGAGGGGCGUCCCCUGCAGAAUUAUGAAUUUUCCCAAAGUGACUCCAAUGACGAUGGGGGGCGGCAGUAUAUAUGUCGGCACUGUGGCAAGAAGUACAGGUGGAAGUCAACGUUGCGCCGGCAUGAGAAUGUGGAGUGCGGCGGGAAGGAGCCAAUGCAUCAGUGCCCACACUGUGCGUACAGGGCGAAGCAGAGGGGGAACCUCGGGGUGCACAUACGGAAGCACCAUUCGGAAAUGCCACAGCUGGAGACACGCCGAAAGCAUCGGUCAAUGUAGAUGGGGGUGUGGUUUGUGUGUGCUUCGCUGUAAGAACCCCUCUUGACACUCAUCAAUACCUUCCUUUGCUUCCUUGUCUCCUUUUGUACUUGAAUGAUUUUUUUUUCCUUUUUAAACAAAAAACGUUUGCAUCUCUUUUAGCGUUGCUCCCCUCAUAUUUUUUAUUUUAUUUUUAAAAACGAAAUAAUGCAUUAAACAUUAUGAGAUAUUUCUCCUUUUUUUUAGA